AUGAGAAAGCAGUCCGAGAUUAGAGGAGAGAAAGUCGAGAAUGAAAGUCUGAAGAGAGUCAUAAGAAGAAGGAGAGAAGCAGUCCGAGAUUCAGAGGAAGAGAAGGUCGAGAGUUCUGAGGUCGAAGAAAAAGAGAGAGAGAAGUCUGAAGAGUCAGAGGAGAAAGAGAGAAAGCAGUCCGAAGAUUCACAAGAAGAGAAAGGAGAGAAGUCUGAAGAGUCGGAAGAAAAAGAGAGAAAGCAGUCCGAAGAUUCAGAGGAAGAGAAAGGAGAGAAGUCUGAAGAGUCAGAGGAGAAAGAGAGAAAGCAGUCUGAAGAUUCAGAGGAAGAGAAAGUCGAGAAGUCUGAAGAGUCAGAGGAGAAGGAGAGAAAGCAGUCCGAAGAUUCAGAGGAAGAGAAAGUCGAGAAGUCUGAAGAGUCGGAAGAAAAAGAGAGAAAGCGGUCCGAAGAUUCAGAGGAAGAGAAAGUCGAGAAGUCUGAAGAGUCAGAGGAGAAGGAGAGAAAGCAGUCCGAAGAUUCAGAGGAAGAGAAAGUCGAGAAGUCUGAAGAGUCAGAGGAGAAGGAGAGAAAGCAGUCCGAAGAUUCAGAGGAAGAGAAAGUCGAGAAGUCUGAAGAGUCAGAAGAAAAUGAGAGAAAGCGGUCCGAAGAUUCAGAGGAAGAGAAAGGAGAGAAGUCUGAAGAGUCAGAGGAGAAAGGAGAGAAAGCAGUCCGAAGAUUCAGAGGAAGAGAAAGUCGAGAAGUCUGAAGAGUCAGAGGAAAAGGAGAGAAAGCAGUCCGAAGAUUCACAAGAAGAGAAAGUCGAGAAGUCUGAUGAAACUCCAGAAAAGAAAACUGAAAGCUUUGAAGAAUCCCUCCUUGAGGCUGAAACUGAGAGCAUAAUUGAGAGUAAAGAAUCAUCAAAAGGACCUUCAAAAGAAGAAGAAGAAGGAAUAGAAGAAGGUGAUCCAGAUAGUGGGUCCGGCACGAAAGCAAAACUGGGAAAGGUAUCAGAGAGAAGAGAGAGGAGAAGGAGGCGGAUCACCAGAGCUAAGAGAUCAGUCAGCGUGAGUGAAGAUAUGUGUCUCUCUGGUGUCUAUUUAGAUGGCAAAGACAUCUGCCAAAGCCUUCAGAACAUCAUCAAUGCAACUAAUGAGGUCACACUUCAGGUUUCGAAAGGCAAUGCCUCUGAGGUGCAGCUGAGGGCCCUGAGGCAGAACGCAGAGGCGCUGGACAGGGUCAUCGCUGAGAUUGAAAAGGAUCCGGAUAUCGUGAAGAGCUUCAAUCUCUCUACCGUCACAACUCAAGUCAAGGAUUUGGAAACGCGAGUAAAGCUGACCAGUUUGAUGACUUCCGUAGCGGAGGUUUUGAAAGCAGAUUUGCCUGCUCUUGUCAUCGCAAUCGGCGUCCUGGGCGGAGUGAUCGUCCUUUCGUUUUCCAUCUGUUACAUUUAUGUCUGCUGGAAACUCGCGAGCAUACGUAGGUCGAAGAGGACGCACCAUGUGGAGGCAGCCGUCGUGCAGACGGGAGGCAGGAAGAUCUCCAGCCUGGGGCGUGACAACCCCGCCUUCGAGUACGGCGAGACGAGACUGGGCGCACCUUUCGUGGUGGCCUCUCAGGAACCGGUGGUCCGCUGCAUCCCGCGUCCGCGGAGCACCAUGGAGUCCUUCGACAUGAACGGCUGGGUCUUCUACGACCCCUACAGCUCCCCGAGGAAGGCCGCCUCCGAAGCGGGUUACCCUGGGGACAUGAAGUCCUUUGGUAACUCCGGCUCCCUCCACAGACGUUACGAGAACGGCAACUCCAACCACAGGGACUUGGAUGGCAAAGGGCGCCACGUGAGGAGGUCCUCUUCCGCCGACCUGCAGGAUGACAAGAACGAUCCUUAUAGCUUGGAGAGGGCAGGAAACAACGUCCACAGGAUCAACACCGGGAAACUCAGAAGGAUUGACCCCUGAGGAGGAUCUCAGUCGAGGAGUUUUGGAUCCUGUAGAUAGGGAACUGAAUUGCAGUGUCUACCAGGAAAUUUAUUUAAUUUUAUUUUCAAUUUAAAAAGCUGGAUUUUACUGACCUUAGAUCUUGCGAUGCCAAUAAAAAAAAAAACUUCAAAACUUUAGUCAUUUGCGCUAGGUGAACAAUAGCAUCUCAAUAUAUAUAUAU